AUGUUUACUAAUAUUACCAUUCCACAACUUGGAUUGACUGUAAAGCAGCCAUUAGGGUUAUUUAUCAAUAAUGAGUUUGUUGCUUCGAGCACAGGGGAUACUAUUGAUACUUACAACCCCUGUACGAAAGAAUUGAUAACCUCAUUCUAUGCCGGGAGUGAGCAAGAUGUCGAUAGAGCAGUUUUAGCGGCUCGCAACGCGUAUGAGAACAGCUGGAGAUAUACGACCCCUCGGGAACGGGCGGACCUCCUUGAUCGGUUAUACGAGGUGCUUAAAGAGGAAAAGCAUGUGCUGGGUGCAAUUGAGGCGCUGGAUGCAGGAAAGCCGUUUAAUUUCAAUGCGGCUGGCGAUGUGGAGCAUUUGCUCGACGUUACGAAGUAUUAUGCUGGGGCUGCAGAUAAGUUUAACGGCGGCGAGUCACGUGCUUUGAAUCAAGAUAAGUUUUCCUAUACAGUGAAAGAGCCAUACGGUGUUGUUGCACAGAUAAUUCCAUGGAAUUAUCCGCUUUCGAUAGCUGGAUGGAAGAUCAAGGGCUGCUUAGCGGCGGGGAACUGUAUUGUUAUCAAACCUGCCGAGAACACUAGCUUGUCGCUGUUAUACUUUGCGCAGAUGUUCGUAAAAGCGGGGUUCCCGCCUGGUGUAGUAAAUGUUGUUCCUGGUUAUGGAAAUAUUGUAGGUGCAAGACUUUCAGCGCAUCCUGAUGUUGAUAAAAUCAGCUUUACAGGAAGUACUGAGGUAGGGCAGAAGGUUAUGUCCGCCGCCGCGCUAUCGAACAUGAAGGACGUGAAAUUGGAAUGUGGAGGUAAAAGUCCGGCUGUUGUAUUUGAAGAUGCUGACCUCGAAAAUACGAUCAAGCAAGUGGCAUUUGGUAUAUACUAUAAUACCGGUCAGUGCUGCAGUGCUAAUUCUCGAAUCUACGUUCAGGAUUCUAUAUAUGAUAAAUUCAUCGCGCAAUUCCGUGAACAUGUGACUAACACCUGGAAAUACAGUGCUAACCUUGAUGUUUUUGACGAUGAAUGUGUCUAUGGCCCAUUGAUCUCACAGGUUCAAUUUGAUCGUGUUUGUAAGUACAUCAACCACGGUAAAAACGUGGAGAAGUUAGAAUGCAUUGAAAUGGGAGAAUGGCCCGAAAAAGGUUACUUCAUUCCUCCAAUAUUCUUCCUCAAUGUCCCACAGGACUCCAAAUUAAUGAAGGAAGAGAUUUUUGGUCCUGUUGCCGUCAUUGCUAAGUUCCAUGACUAUGAUGAAGUUAUCAAAAAGGCUAAUGACUCAAAGUACGGUUUAGCCGCCUGCGUUUUUACUGAGAAUGUGCGUUUGGCUCAAAGGUUUAUCAGAGACGCGAGGGCGGGUACUGUAUGGGUAAACUCAUCAAAUGACGAAGAAGUCAUUCUGCCAUUUGGAGGAUAUAAGAUGAGUGGAAUUGGCAGAGAGUUAGGAGCUGCUGGCAUGGACUCUUAUCUACAAACAAAAGCCGUAUUAACGAACUUAUAG